GAGUUCCUCUAUAAUCUAACCUCUUUUUCUCUUUAUAACUCCUCUACACCAAUUCUCAGUUUUCAACACCCCAAACACACCCUUCUCUCUUCUCUCUUCUCUCUACUUUCUCUCUCUACAUGACAAAAUCAAGGCUCAACUAGCCUAAAUUCUUCACAAAAUAUUCAUACAAAAGAGAAAAAAAUCACCAACAUAAUUAAAAUAUAAUUCUAGAAAAUAAUCAUAUAAACACACCCAAAUUCAUACAUUAAUUCCCUUUCUCCGCUUAUUUGUAGGGAUUUUCUAAUCUAUCCCAAUCGAAAAAAUGACAGUCAACAACAAGAUUUCAUGGAGAAAUUUUAUGCCAUGUUGUGGCAUUUUAGAAGAACAAACAGCAGAAAUUCCUAAAGCAAGGAAGAAAAUAGAAGCUUCUAAAGAUGAUCAUCAUAAUAAUCAUUUAAACCCAUUUCAAAGAUUCCCAAAUUUGAGUGACCCAAAUUCACUUACCUUAUCUGAAGAUCUUUCAAUUUCUCUUGCUGGUUCAAAUAUUCAUGUAUUUAAUUUAAAUGAGCUUAGAUUGAUUACCCAGAAUUUCUCAUCAAGUAAUUUUCUAGGAGAAGGUGGGUUUGGCCCGGUUCAUAAAGGGUUUAUUGAUGAUAAGAUUCGGGUCGGGUUAAAGGCUCAACCCGUUGCUGUUAAGAUACUUGAUCUUGAUGGUUCACAAGGUCAUCGCGAAUGGCUGGCAGAAGUGAUACUGCUGGGACAACUAAGACAUCCCCACUUGGUAAAGUUGAUAGGAUAUUGCUGCGAAGAUGAACACCGAGUUUUGGUGUACGAGUAUAUGCCAAGGGGUAGUCUUGAAAAUCAACUCUUUCGAAGAUUUUCUGCUUCACUUCCAUGGUUAACAAGACUGAAAAUUGCAAUUGGAGCUGCUAAAGGGCUGGCAUUCCUUCACGAAGCCGAAAAGCCAAUCAUCUUUCGUGAUUUUAAGGCCUCAAACAUACUCUUGGAUUCUGAUUUUACUCCAAAACUGUCUGAUUUUGGUCUUGCAAAAGAUGGACCAGAAGGAGAUGACACCCAUGUUUCCACUAGAGUUAUGGGGACACAAGGCUAUGCUGCUCCUGAAUACAUCAUGACUGGUCACCUAACAGCAGCAAGUGAUGUAUAUAGUUUUGGAGUAGUACUUUUGGAACUUCUUACUGGACGACGAUCAAUGGACAAAACUCGACCACAAAGAGAACAGAACUUAGCCGAAUGGGCUAGACCACAAUUACAAAGCCAACGACGACUCCCACGUUUAAUGGAUCCGAGACUAGAGGGCCAAUACUCUGAAGAUGGGGCUCAAAAGGCUGCCUUACUAGCCUACCAAUGCUUGAGUCAUAGGCCCAAGAGUAGGCCUAAAAUGAGCGUUGUUGUAAAAAGUUUGGAGCCCUUGUUGAACAUAGUCCAUGACAUUCCAUCUGGUCCUUUUGUUUACACAGCACCAAGUGAACAAAGUCCGUCUCAUGAUAAGAUGGGUGGCCACAACCACAAUGGUGGUGAACGUCCUCGUCGUCGACAUGAUAUAAGUCGUUUGAGGGCACCAAAACCGUCGAGCAUAGUGAACUCAGAUCCCAACGUACAAAAAAACCUAAGAAAUGGAUUCAAUUCCCCUGGUCACCACCACAUGGGAAGAGGAGCUUAAACACCAAAAAAAAAAAAAAAAACUUUCUUGGGGAAAAAAGUCCAAAAAAAUUUGUGUACAUAAAAGUUUGAUAAAAAAUAUCAAAUGUGUAGAAUAGAAUAGGAAGUAAUCUCAUUGUUUCUUUGAGUUUAAUCUGCUAUUGAAAAUGAUAUUUUUCUUCGGAAUAUGUCACUUUUAGUAGCAAACUUAAAUUAACAGAGGGGUAACAUAUACGUUUAUCAAUUUUUUUUUUUUGUUUAUUCUUUAAUUUGGUGAAAUUUGAGAAGUUCUUUUUGAGUAGUGAUUUUUAUUAUACAAGUACAUAUAAUUUUGAAUUAUUGUAACAAAAUUGUACUUUGUCCCGAGGAGGAUAAAUUUGAAGAACAUGGUUAUGAUAGUUUUGAGUUCAUGCAUUAAAUGUGAAUUAUUAAUUA